CCCGGGCGGAGCGCGAUGCCCAACCCGCUGGCGGCGGCGGCGGCGGCGGCGGGCGGCGGGGGCGGCCGCUGCUCGGCCUACAAGCUGGCGCUGGCCGCGCUGCUGGCCGUGGCGCUGCUGCAGUUCGUCUACCUGUCGCUGCUGGCCGGGCUGCACGGGCGCGAGCAGCGGCGCCGCUACGGACAGCUCUUCCCCGGCGGCGCGGCCCUGGGCGCCAGCCUGCAGCGCCGCGCCGCCGAGAGCGCCAAGGAGCAGCUGCGGGCCGUGCUGGCGGCGGGCGGCGCCCUGGACGCCAGCGGCGACUACCGCGUGUACCGGCACGUGCUGGGGGACCCCUCCCGCCGCCCGCGCGACGCCCUGCUGCUGGCCACGCACGCCAGCCUCAGCAACCUGGGCCACGUGGGCGCGCUGCUGGAGCGCUGGGCCGGGCCGCUGGCCGUGGCCGUGUUCGCCGCGCGCCCCGAGGAGGCGCAGCUGGCCACGGUGCUGAGCUACGCCCUGGGCGCGCUCUGCACGCAGGCCGUGCGCGACCGCCUCACCAUGCACCUGGUGUGCCCCGCGCGCACCGAGGCCGCCGUGCCCGACCCCCGCGAGCCCGGCGAGUUCGCGCGCAUCAGCAGCUGCUCGGACGUGUUCACCAGCCUGGGCGCCCGCAGCCGCUCGGGCCGCAACUACGCGCUGGCCGCCAACGUCUCCUACCCCAACAACCUGCUGCGCAACGUGGCCCGAGAGGGCGCCGGCCACGCCCUCGUCGUGGACGCGGACAUGGUGCCCAGCGAGGGGCUCUGGACCGGCCUGCUGGAGCUGCUGGCCCUGGGCGAGGGCAAGGCCGGCCGGGCGCUGGUGGUGCCGGCCUUCGAGAUCCGCCAGGGGGUCCGGGUCCCCCGCACUAAGAUGGAGCUGAUGCGUUUCCUGAAGAUGGGCCACGUGCGCCCUUUCUACGCCGAACUGUGCCCGCGGUGCCAGGCCCCCACCAACUACACCCGAUGGCUCACUCUGCCCCCGGGGGGACCCCUGCGCCCGGCCUACCGGGUGACCUGGCAGGACCCCUGGGAGCCCUUCUACGUGGCUGGAGGGGCGGUGCCCGCCUACGAUGAGAGGUUUCGCCAGUACGGCUUCAACCGCAUCAGCCAGGCCUGCGAACUCCACGUGGCAGGCUACGAGUUUGAGGUGCUGAACGAUGCUUUCCUGGUCCACAAGGGCUUCAAGAUGCCAGGGGAUUUCCACCCCCAGAAGGAGGCGGAGAAUCAACGCAACAAAAUCCUCUUCCGCCAGUUUAAGCAGGAGUUGAAGAUGAAAUACCCAGACUCCCCCAGGCGAUGCUGAGCUGCUGACCCACCUAGUGAGGGGCCUCCAAAGGCAGGGCUGGGACCUUUGGCUCUUCAGGUUGCCCCCUGGAGCCUGAGGGAGGCCAGAGGGGCCGGCCCGGUCCUUCCCCCGGGGGUGGGCCUUUUUUAGGUGGGUGAUGAGCACUGAUGUGACAAAGCCAAGAGGUAAGAUCCCAUGGGGUGGGAGACAGAAAGGGAGCGGGGACUUGGGGGGGAAGAAAUAAGCUUUAAUUCAGGAAGCUCGAAUUGUGGUUCAGAGAUAGCAGCCAAAAGUCCUUCAUUCUUCUCAUUCUGCAUAUCCCCAGGUCCCUGCCCUUUGCCUCCACCGCCCUUCUCGGGACACUCUCCUCCCCUUUCUGGGCCUCAGUUUCCCCAUCAGUAAAAUGAGAGCCUUGGACUAGAUGACCAAGGUCCCUUUCAGCUAUGAAUCUGAUGGUGUAGGGGAAAGAAGGAGGUUGGCGGGCCGGACACCAGUCCCAGCGAUGCCUCGGACUUGCUGUGGGACCGGAGCAGAUCCCUUCCUCUCUCCGAGUCUGUUGAAUGUCUGUAAAAGUCGAGAAUUGGACUAGGGGAGCUGAGGUCCCUUCCAGCUCAGAGGUUUGGCAUCUGUGACCUGGGAAUCGGGAUGGAUGGGGGAAGACCCCCGUUGGCGAGCGGAAGCCCCCAUCCCAGAGAGCCAGGAACUUUCACUUGGAUGAUCAUAUGCCAAUAAACAGUGUUCACGUGGA